AUGCCGAUGAAGCGGCAGCUGCUGAAGAUCAUCAUCUUGGGCGACAGCGGUGUCGGCAAGACGUCGCUCAUGCAUCAAUACGUGAGCCACACGUUUGACAGCCGCUACAAGGCGACCAUCGGCGCUGACUUUCUUUCGAAGGACGUGGAGGUGAACGGACGCGUGGUGACACUGCAAAUCUGGGACACGGCCGGCCAAGAACGUUUCCAGUCACUCGGCUCCGCCUUCUACCGCGGUGCAGACGCGUGCAUCCUUGUCUUCGACGUGACGCAGCAGGAGUCAUUCGCGCACAUUGGCUCAUGGAUGGAGGAGUUCAGCAUCCAGGCGGGCCGCCGCGACAGCGUGUUGGUGGGCAACAAGACAGACCUGGAGGAUCGGCGCCAGGUGGCCAGUAAGACAGUGCAGGCGUGGUGCGCGAAGCAGAACGCGGCGGCUGCCAAUGCGAACAACGGCGCCGGUGCCGGCGCGGAUGAUAGCGCGGCGCCAGAAAUGAAGUACUUCGAGACGUCCGCGAAAGAGAACGCCGGUGUCGAGGAUGCCUUUAUCGCUGUGGCACAGCUGGCUCUGGCCAAGAAGGCAACGGUCGAGGAGACGACCCCGAUGCCGCAGACGGUGAACCUGAACCAAGCCCAGACCCCGCAGACCACCAGCUCCUCCGCCUGCAGCUGCUAA